AUGGUGCGUCUCGCAGGCCGGGCCCAGGCCUGUGGCUGUCACCGGCGGAAAGUCCCCGUCGCGCUGGAACCAGACUUUCCUGCUGCUUCAGCCCGCGCGGUUCCCGGACACGAGCGGCCCGCACCGCUUCCCCGCACCGCUUCCCCUCCCCGCCGCCACCCAGCCUGGAGCGGGCCAGCCCGCCAGGCUCCCCCCGGGGCAGGCCCCUCUCUGGGCUCCCGGGGAACGGACGCCCCGGGGGCAGCCGGCCGGUGGAUGGACGCAGAGCUUCGCCUCUUGCGCCGGUUUCGCUACAGUCUGCGUGUGAACGCUGCCUUCAGCCUGAAAGCGGUUGCGAGCGGCUGGCUCGCCGCGGUCCUUCUCCCGCCGGGCCACGGCCAGCCUUGCCCCGGCUCGGGUAACGCCCGCGGGCCGCCGCCGCAGCGCCCCUCUCGCUGGCAGCCCGCGGGCCCUAACCCCGGGCACCCGCUUCCCCUCAGGAGCCGGGCGGUGCCGAGAGGGGGCCCGGCCCGACCUCCCGCGGGGCGGGGCGGGCACGCGCGCGGGCCGCUCCAACCGCCUCGCCAACCGCCGCCUGACGGGGGGAGGGGAGCGAGCGGGCCGGCGCGGCGCCGUAUGUGCAGGACAACGGCGGUGAUAGGCCGAGCGCGCGGAGGCGGGGCUUGGGGAGGGGGUGGGGACCGAGGAGGUGAGCGGAUGCCGAUUGGCGCGAGGCUGGUCGGGGGGCGGAGCCGCCGCCGCCGCCUCCUCCUCCCGCCCGUGCGGCUUUGUGUCCGGAGCCGGGAGCCGGGCUGGUCCGGCGCGGGGCCGCCUGUGAUCCGGUCUGCUAGUAAAUCUAGUGCCAUGGUGAUGCUGAGGAGAAGCCAGCAGUGGACUCACAUGAGAUCCUGUGAAGAGGCGAAGCUUGCCGACUGCCCAGGAGACUGAGCACAGAAGCGGAAGAGCUGAUCCUGCUAAGAUCUUGUCUUGCACUGAUCCUCCCAACUGAGGAAGGCUGCUCUGCUCUGUAAAUCAGCAAGAGAAUGGUUAAAACAUAGAGUUCCCCUAACCCCACGUGACCUGAGCACGCUCUGUCUGCUAUGCUCCCCACCCAGCCAAGGCAGCUUGGCACUGAAUGAGACUUGGUUUUGCUCUUGGCCUCUGGAUCUAUCUCUUGGUGGAAUCUGUGGCUGUAUUUUGUCAUCAACGUAUGUGAAUGGUGCCUCCGUACUGGAAAGAGGCAGAAAGGGCCUGUAUAUGCGAUGGUAAGGACACAGCUUUUCUGAGCGUGACAGAUGGCCUGGGCAGAUGUUUCCCCAGGAGUGCCUGCUAUGCUGGAGGAGUGUGGGGGUGUCUCUUUCCCAUGGGAUUUGUGGGCUGUUGGUAAAACAUACAAUUUCAUCACGGAUUCCAUGGCCUAUGUGACUUCUUCAGCUUCAGCCCCUGUUGCCCGCGGCGGGGCCGGAGGAGCUGUGAGGUCCAUCCCAUCCGUCCAUGUUGAGUGUGUGUCGUCCCCUCCCCCCCCCCCCCCCCCCCCCCCCGGGGCUCAGACUGUCAGUCCCUCUCCCCCCCAUGGACAGGUUGCGGGCUUCCGUGACACAACCUGUCCAUGACUUUUACUAAAAAUAACUGUGACAGAAUCUUAACCUUAGCUAUUAAGUAUCUCCAGCAGGAAGUGACUUUGUGUGUUCGCUGUGCUAUGGCUGGAUCAGUGACUUCCUUUCUUUUUAUUGCCCCUGAGGAGCUUCCUCCUCCUCCAAAAUCAGAAUUUGAGGGAUGGUGCUAGUGAGAGGAGAGUGCUGUGGCCCUUCUGCCCUGGAGGCUGGGACAGGUGGUCUCAGUCCCACUGUUUACAGAACAAAUGCUCACAAAUCCCCUAGCGAGUGAGUGGCAGCAAAGGAACAAUCUUUCUCUAAGCUGCUUCUGGUGAGCAGAACCCUUGUCUCCACCCUCCGCCUUCCUUCCCCGCCCUUUACACCCAGCUGAAGGUCAGCCUGGCGUCUGAUGAGGGAGCUGGGAGGAGCGUCAGGUGUUGGGAACGAGGUUGCAAGCAGCUCACUGCAGGGUCUUGCCAGCUUCUCUGGAGCUCUCC